AAUGCUCCUCUAACCAUGGUAAACAAAGCCUUUUCUACUACCUCCUCCCCCACUCUGAUACGCCCCCUACCCCAUCAUAACACUGCUUCUCGUGGUAGAGCUGCUUCCUUUUGUACUCCUGCAAUAUAUACCCACCGUAUGGUAAAUAAGCAUCAUCACAAUAGAAUGCAGGGGAGGGGUAAGGAGAUGUGAAUAAACAGCGUGCAGACCCCAGAGUGGCAGUGUGGGAUGGUUUUCUAGCCAUCCACGCGGGCUCAGGGAUAAGUAAAUCACCCCCCUCCCGCCAGCUUUUCUGGUGGCAUAAAGAAAUCUGGAUAGGUGGAGAGGAGACGUUGGUAGAGAUAUGAUAACCUUUUAAUUCACCAAGAAACGGGCACAGAAGGUUUAUGUUGUUGAUACUGCGUAGAUACAAGUGAAAUAAUGACAACAGAGAAGAGUUUAGUUGCUGAGGCAGAGUCUCCUCCUCAGGACCAAAAGCAGGAAGGAGAGCAGGUAGAAGAGAAGUGCAGUGACCUGCCUGUAGAGGGCAGCCCUCCCGAGCAGACAGAGACUGAACAAACGCAGGAUCCACCCUCUGUUGCAUCACCAAGCUCUCGAAAGGGCAGGGAACGCCAUUCAGAAGGCAAGGGCCUCUCCCGACUCUUCUCAUCCUUUCUCAAAAGGCCCAAAUCCCAGGUCUCUGAGGACGCAAAGGAGUCUCAGGUGCAAGAAAGCAAAGAAGGGGGCGAUCAAAAGGAGGCAGAUGAAGGAUUGGGGGAGCAGUUGGAAGAUGAUGUGUUUCUGAAAGCCCCUAUAGCAGCUCCAGAGCCAGAACUUCGCACAGACCCAUCAUUAGAUCUUCACUCAUUAAGUAGUGCCGAAACACAGCCAGCGCAGGAGGACAGGAAAGACGACCAAGAAGCAGAAGACGGAGAAGGAUCAGGGAAGGAGGUGGAAGAAAAGCAGCCAGGGAAGGCUGAGGGAGGAUCAAAACCGCAACAGAAAACAACCAGAAAAUCUCCCAACAUGCAUUGCAAAGUCACACUUCUUGAUGACACUGUGUAUGAGUGUAAAUUGGAGAAACAUGCCAAGGGAGAGGACUUGUUUAAGAAAGUGUGCAGCCAUCUCAACAUUCUGGAGGAAGAUUAUUUUUGUUUGGCCCUGUGUGAAUCUCCCACAAGUAAGGUAUGGAUCGACCCUCUGAAGGAUAUCAGGAAGCAGGUUCACGGUGCCCCAUGGGACUUUACUUUCAAUGUGAAAUUUUAUCCGCCUGACCCUGCACAGCUGACAGAAGAUAUAACCAGGUAUUUUCUGUGCCUCCAGUUGCGACAGGACAUCCUAAGUGGGCGAUUACCCUGUUCCUUUGCCACUCUUGCACUGCUUGGCUCUUACACCAUCCAGUCAGAAGUGGGAGACUAUGACGAGGAUCUCCAUGGCACAGAUUAUGUCAGUGAAUUUAAACUGAGCCCCAACCAAACCAAGGAUUUGGAGCAGAAAGUGUCGGAAUUACACAAGUCAUACAGAUCAAUGACUCCUGCCCAGGCAGAUCUGGAAUUUCUUGAGAAUGCCAAAAAACUUACCAUGUAUGGUGUAGACUUCCAUGACGCCAAGGAUCUGGAGGGUGUAGACAUCAAGCUUGGGGUUUGUUCUGGUGGUCUUAUGGUCUUCAAGGAAAAUCUGAGGAUCAACCGUUUUCCAUGGCCAAAGGUUCUAAAGAUCUCUUAUAAGAGAAGCAGCUUCUUUAUAAAGAUUCGGCCAGGGGAGCAGGAGCAGUAUGAGAGCACAAUUGGGUUUAAGCUACCAAGCUAUCGAGCGUCUAAGCGUCUUUGGAAGGUCUGUGUGGAACAUCAUGCAUUUUUUAGACUGACAUCCGCUGAGACCAUCCCUAAAGCCAGACUUCUCUCACUGGGAUCCAAGUUCCGCUACAGUGGGCGCACACAGGCUCAGACCAGACAUGCUAGUGCCCUCAUCGAUCGACCUGCUCCACAGUUUGAGCGCACUGCCAGUAAACGUAUCUCUCGCAGUCUGGAUGGAGCAAAGCGAGGGAAUACUUCAGUUGAGUUAAGAGCCUUGGAAGAUGGAGACAAGGAAGUGGAGGUGUUUGAGUUAGAGGAACCAAAGCAAACAGUACCAUCUACUACCUCUCACACAGAGGAGAUCGUUUUGGAAAACAAUGACAAGGCUGAUCUCAAGCCAGAGACGGAGAGGCAAAUAGGUGGCGAUGAACAGGUCUGCACAGACUAUAAGGGGACUGAACAGCCAGCUGCUGUGAAUACCCCGGAGCGUAGCCAUCGUCCUGUUUCUGCCCCUGUCAUCACCCCCAGUCACGUGAUACAGCCUGUAGUAGCCAGACUGCCUGCAGACCACAAAGCAGAGGAAGUACCUGCAAAAUCAGAGAUGAAGGAAGAGAAAGUGCAAGACAGAGUGCAAAAGCCACGGGAGACUAUUAAGGAGGUCAAAUCUACACUGCCAGAGUCUCACUCUCCCACAGUUAACGGAGAUCAAAUUCAGAAGCCAGUUGUGAAGGAGGAGGAGAUCAUUCGAAUGAGGAAGAAAAAUACAAAGAAACUAGAGGGUGAAAACAUUUAUAUCAGACAUAGCAAUUUAAUGUUGGAGGACUUGGAUAAAACUCAGGAGGAAAUCAUCCGGCAUCAUGCCAGCAUCAGCGAGCUGAAGAAAAGUUUCAUGGAGUCUGUCCCAGCCUCCCGGCCCAGUGAAUGGGACAAACGGCUCUCUACUCACUCACCUUUCCGUACCCUCAGUUUUAAUGGACAAGUCCAAUCUGGGACUGAUGGGCCACCUUUGGUGAAAACCCAGACAGUGACCAUCUCCAAUUCAACCACUGGAGAGAGAGGCCAGAUACCCACCAAGGAAGUGCCCUUGGUCCACACAGAAACCAAGACGAUCACCUAUGAGGCAGCCAGAACAGAUGACAUUAAUAGUGAUCAGGAUCCUGGCAUCCUACUCACUGCUCAAACCAUCACCUCAGAGACCACCAGUAGCACCACAACUACUCAGAUCACCAAGACUGUCAAAGGUGGUAUCUCAGAAACCCGGAUAGAAAAGAGGAUAGUUAUCACAGGAGAUGGGGACCUUGAUCAUGACCAGGUCUUGGUCCAAGCAAUUAAGGAAGCAAAAGAGCAACACCCAGACAUGUCAGUCACCAAGGUGGUGGUUCACCAGGAAACAGAGAUAGCAGAGGAGUAACCAUCCAAGGCCAUCUCUGGUGAAGGCUUCAAGCAUUACCACAAAAAGAAAACCUUCACAGAAAACCAGCAAGUUUCCUAAAGACGUCUCAAGGUCCUCCCAACUUUGUUACAUUGUCUCUUGAAAUUAUGGGCACUGAACAUCAGAAUCCUCUGUUCUCCACAGUUUUAAGCAUCAUCGUAUAUGUUUCUGGCAGGCACAGUAAAAAGGGCCCUGACACUUUGCCAAAAUGAAGCAUUCCCUUGCUGUGAACUUGCCGCCUAGUUUGUUUUAGCCAUUUAAUGUUUCAGGUUCACAAUUCAGUGGCAGAGAUUUAACAGAGGUUAGCAGUUCCUUGGAAGGUCCUCUCUGGAGAUAGGUUUAAUGGUUUUAUUUUAAAUAAUUUCACAGAACAUUAAAUAUAUUACUUAAAUUAUUUUCUGUUAACUUGUCCUCACAUUUAAUGUGUGAUUGUAUACUAUGAAUAACCAAUGUAACCUGACUUCUGUGAGACUACUGGAAUUUCACUCUGCUUUUUUGUUUUUCUGUCUCACUGAGCGUUUCAGAAUUACCUUACAUAGUGCUUCUGUUUCAUUUUAUCAACAGAAAAAAGUUUGGGAUGACCCCAUGGUGCUGUAGUUUACAGGGGGUAAUGCAAGAUUAGGUUUAUUUAUUCCUGUCAGUCAGUAAUAUUUACACCAUCACUCCCUUACACACCUUUCCUACCCACUGGAGAAAUGACUGUUUCCUAUUCUUAUGAUCAAUAGCCCCAUCUGUGUGUCAUUUCAUAACCUUCUGAAGGUGAAUGCACAGGUGUGAGCAUUAUAAAAUGAACCAGAAAUGUGUGAAAACUGCUUUUUUUUAACUGUUUUCUUAUAAUAUUUGCAAUUUGUUGGAACUUAUUCACAAAUUCAAAAACUUACAUUGUAUUAUUUUCUACUUUUAAAUAAUGAAGGAUAUUUGUAAAUGUGGUUUUAAUUCCAUUUUAUAUAAAUAUAUAUAAAAAUAAUUGUGAUAGUUUGUACUUCUAGCACAUUUUACAGACUUUCAAGGUGUGAUUGUAAAUCCCAUCAUUUUGUUGCAGGAUUACACAUCAUGAUAAGCAACUGUAGGUUCCAAAAUGUGUAUUAUUUUAUUUUUUAAAUACAAUUUUUGGGGAAAACAAAAA